ACUGUCCGGCCAUAGAGAGUCGACCGCGGAUGAAAAGUCACGAAUUCUUCGGCUGAUAUAACAAAAUUAACGCAUUGUACGUUAUAAAAAGAUAAUUUAUAAGAUUAUAAUUAUCUUAUGGUAAUUCUUAUGGCUUAAAAUUCGUAGUUUAAUAGAAAAUCGCGUCUUUCAUCCCUCAUUGAUCCUCGAUGCGCGACAGACGACACAAGAAGGCGCACAGCUGAUCGUUACUGGACGUCCCAAGACCUCGAAAAUAUCGCUUAUUUCGACGUCAGAAAAUUGAAACGUGCUUAUUUACGAUUGGAUAUUGUCUAUAAUGAUGUCACUUUUUGGGUGGAGUUUUUUUCGUGACGUCAUUCGGAAGGUGUGGUUUCCCCAUGACAAUUCGAGACUGCGCAGCACACAAACGAACGAACAGGAGCUCAUUAAAAUAGGUGAUACGACAGAGACAACAACAUGAAGGACUUUGUUUUUUUGUAGAGUAUCUCGCGGAAAUGGCCAAGGCGUGAACACAGAAACUGUUGUUUCUGCGAUAUGCUUGAAUAAGGAGUAAUGUGGUGUUGUCGACCCGCGUUCCAGCUACACCGAGGCGUGGGUCGGGAAGAAGUAAUGUCGUCUACUCUGGUCGAAACAGUUUCUAUCAACUAUGAGGACUUCAAUGAAUCCUUCUUGACCUGCGGCACUUGCUUAUUGUCUCUGUGGGCAGGUUCUUUCGAUGGCGGGGAACACACUCCCAAGUUACUCCACUGCUCCCACACGGUAUGCCUUCACUGUCUCACGCGCAUCGUCGCUUCCCACGCGCGGGACGAUGGGACUUUCCGCUGCCCGAUAUGCCGGGAGUCGAUACGCAUCCCUUCUGGAGGGGUGGCGGCUCUACCCCCCUCGUUUUUGGUGAACCAGUUGUUGGAUCUGAUGUCCCGUCAGAGGAGGGAAGUUAUACCAAAGUGUUCUACACAUGCUAAUCAAGAAUUGUUGUUUUGUGAAUCCUGUGAUCUCGUUUUUUGCACGCAAUGUAGCAAUGGCUCCCACCAGGGAAAUGCAGCUAGCUAUCAACACACUGUCAUUCCACUUUCCAUCGCCAUCAAGAGAAUGUCAGAAAUCUUAUGUUAUAAGGCGAACGAAUGUUACUCUAAGUUAAACGAAGCGAGUGAUGCCGUCACUUCCGAGAUGCACCAGCUUGACCAUGCUGUCGACUCUACGUUUGAGGACGUUAACCGAUCAUUCCAGACUAUCAUCGAUGCCAUCGAGCGGAGAAGAGAAGCCGUUAUAAAUAGUGUGAAGAAGAUGAGAGAUGAGAAGAAAAAAGUCUUGCAGGACCAGCUGGACAUCAUUGAAUCGGAGAGAAGAAAAGUUCAACAGGAAUGCGAGGGUCUACAAUAUCAAGUCGAAGUCCGGAACAUCACCAAAAAGAUCGCCCAUCUCAACACAAAAAUCGACUCGCUCUCUACUUUGGUUGAACCUCGGGAAAAUUCCUUCCUCAGGUUCGAAAGCCACCACAAUGAAGCCUUCGACCAAAUCCAGAACACUAUCGAGGAUUACGGGAGAGUCUUCAGCAGCAAAACGUUCCCGAGCCUUUGUUACAUGAAGGCCAGAAAAGCCAUGACACACUUGCGGAGUGAGGUGGUCGUUCACACGGUAGACUACGACGGGGAGAGCCAGACCACCGGCGGAGAUCCGGUGGAAGCUGUCGUGAAGGCGGAAAACGGAGACUUCGUAGAGAGACAAGUGGAAGACAACGAGAACGGCACUUACUCCAUAUUCUUCACUCCCGAGCAGGGAGGGAACCAUAGCGUGUCCGUUACAAUUUUCGGCAGGUCGAUCAAGGAGAGCCCUCUCCUGGUCGAGGUCAUAGACGAACACAAUCCCGACAUAGUGUACGGUAGUAGGGGGUCCGGUAAGGACCAGUUCAUGCAACCGGUGGGCAUUUGCAUAGACGACAACGAGUACACGUACGUGGCCGACACGGGGAAUUCGCGGAUCAAAGUCCUGAGCCCCCAGUUGAAAGAAGUGCAACAUGUAGUUGGUGAUGCGCUAGAAGGGAGGAGUGUGACGGGGCUGACGAGAACACCCAGUGGCUCUCUUGUGUUUGUUAACUGGAGAAAGAAAACUGUGACGGAAGUGACGUCGUCCGGGCAGCUCCUCUCUCAGUUCACGCACGAACAGUUGGCGGAACCCACGACUGUUGCCGUGAAUAACGACGGCGAGAUAUUAGUGGUAGACAAUGCGGUGAAUUCCAUAUUUAUAUUUUUACCCGGUGGCAAGUUAGUCAGAAAGUGGGGUGUGAAAGGGAACAAACCAGGGCAGCUCGGUUCGGUGGCAGCCAUUUGUACGGGUCCCGAGAACGAGGUGGUUGUCGCAGACUCCAGGAUACAAGUGUUUUCUCCAGAAGGACAGUACUUACGAACGAUAUUCGAAACUAAAGGGAAAGGGCCGAAAGGUACUUACGGUGGCAUAUUCCUCGAUCCUAAGGGACUCCUACUGGCGACGCGGCAGGAACGGAACAACUCGUGCAUUCAGGUGUUCGACUACACGUUAGGGACCCUCAUAUUCACGAUCGAUUCUCGCGAAGCCAAACUCAGACGUCCGUCGGGCUUAGCAACUACGCGGGAUGGAUACGUCAUCAUUGUAGAUCUGGGAAAUGAUUGUGUUAAGAAGUUUAGAUAUAUGUAGUCCAGUUACUUAAAACUUAUGAAGUACUCCUCUGUUCAAAGAACAGGGAGUCGCUACACACGCAGCGCAUAAUGGCACACUCGUCAAAAUUACUACCAUUACACAGGAGUUCAAUUUGGGUUUUACGAAGCAGUGGUCUCGUAGGAACUCGACAAACGUUGGAACAUCGUUUUGCGAAAGCUCACGUCACGACUUCAGUUAUCUUUUCCAGGAUCGGCCCGUAACUUAAAAAAUAAAAACAUCCUUGCUAGAGCAUAUGUACCUGACUACACAGAGAUAAUUCAAUAAAUAUCAUUAGAGAACUUGACGACCAACACCUGUGGUAGGACGCCAUGAAUUUUGAAUCAUAAUGUGUCACAUUCAGGGAAAGACUGCAUUUAAUAAAUAACUUAGUAAUACGUUUGUUACCGUAUAUAUCUUGUUCAUCCUUUUUCCUAAACUAAAAUGUUAUGUAUUGUACUUAAUGAAGACUUAGAAGAAAGAUUCUUUUUACCUCUUAAAGAUGCUGUUAGUGCAGGUGUCUUAGAUAGAACUAAUACUGAAGUUACCUAGCGUAUGUGAGCAUCUGCAUCACGAGAACAUCGCUGGGGGUACAGCAGCAAUUGACGAAUACACAUUGGCAAGCUAGGUGUACCUGAAUUACUAGUAUGGAGAGCUCCUUUUUCAGCAGCAGAUUAUUUUGGACGCCACCAAUCAAAAUGUAAAUAAGUACCCGAGUGCUUGGACUUUGAAACAUAUUGUCUGAGAUGUAGUUUUGGAUGUUUACAAAAAGCAGUGUUCAGCUUGGAUUUGUAUAACCACUUCUUUGCAUAAUGUAAAGUGAGGUAGGUUACUUUGUAUUUUCCGUCACUUUAUCGGACACGGAACUUAUUUCUCCCCCCCAGCCCGCCCCCCCUUGCUGCAUUGAGAGACGAGUUAGAUGUAUGAGUUGAAACAUUACAAACAUUCCCAGUGAGGCGUCUUCGCGGAGACUGUGUGUUUUUGCACGUGCUUUCAGCCAAGGGUAUUUUAAUUCCCUCCACACUAAGCUUAGUGCACUAGUGUAAUUGGUAAAGUUUUAUGGUGUGAUACGGAACUGGAAUGCACAGGUGUAGUUAUUCCGACCCCUGCGUCCUCUUAAAUUGCAUGUGGAAUUUCUUAGUCUCCCCUUUUCUUUCGGAGGUGGCUGUCAUGAAUACCGGUAGUUAUUUAUUGGGUAAAUUAUUCAAGGGAACAUACAUAUUAUAUAAUUCCCCCAGAUUUCCAUGUGUUCGUUUCAAAGCUUUAUUUGAAGACUUUAAAACUUGGAAGUAAAGUUCGACUGGGAAAACUUAUGGAGAGUAUCUAUUAUUAUCAAUAUUCCCCUUCCUAGAAGUAUUGGGUUACAAAUAAAAUAGCGAGUUUGUUGUUACCUUCAAUUCCUAUAUAGAAAUGAAGAUUUUAUUCUGCUAGGCGAAGGACUCUCUAAUUAAUUUACGAGUGAGUGAGCGUAAACUCCGACUGUACUUAGUGAACUCCUCAGAUAUAGUGAGUAUUGUAUGUAUAUUACAAUCUCUUCAUUUGAGCUGUUUCGGUUAGCUGUAGUAAGUUUUAUUUUAAUGUAAUAAAUUAUAAAUAUUU